AUGGAGCUGCCCUGCAGCUGUGCCCAGCUGCCCGCGGCUGGCCCGCCCGGGGCCGGCUCUCAGAGGCCCAUGGUCCGUGCCGCGCUGAUCAGGGCACUGGACUGGCCAGUUGGCACCGGGAUCUACCUCGAAUCUCGCCUCCGCCUGCCGGGACGCUGGCACUCACUCCAGCCCCAGAGUGGGUCCCGCCCCCUGUGCCCGCAGGUCGAGGCUCCUGGUACCUACCAGCAGGACCCGUGGGCCAUGAGUGACGAGGAGAAGAUGAAGGCCGUGCCCCUCAUCCACGAGGAAGGCAACCGCCUGUACCGGGAGGGCCGCAUCAAAGAGGCCUCCGUCAAGUACUACGACGCCAUCGCCUGCCUCAAGAACCUGCAGAUGAAGGAGCAGCCCGGCUCCGCGGACUGGAUCCAGCUGGACCUGCAGAUCACACCACUGCUGCUUAACUACUGUCAGUGCAAGCUGGUGGCCCAGGAGUAUUACGAGGUGCUGGACCACUGCUCCACCAUCCUCAACAAGUAUGAGGACAACGUGAAGGCCUAUUUCAAGCGGGGCAAGGCCCACGCGGCGGUGUGGAACGCCCGGGAGGCCCAGGCCGACUUUGCCAAAGUGCUCCAGCUGCAGCCGGCGCUGGGCCCUGCGGUGAGCCGCGAGCUGCGUGAGCUCCAGCACCGACUGCGCCAGAAGGACCUCGAGGACAAGGCCCGUUUUCAGGGCAUCUUCUCUCCGUGACUGGCCCCGCCCCACCCCACUGUGCCAGCCCCCUGUAUAAAUGUCGUAUUUAUCUGCC